ACUUUACGUUCACUGGAAGUUGCAACACGUAAUAUUCAACAAGCCGGUUUCAUUUCACAGCUGAUACAAUGACCAGCACUGCUUCACCUCACUGGGAAGUUGUCGGAAAAGGCAAGAAAAGUAAAAUCCCCACUCCAGUUAGUCGGGGUGAGAGGAAGAAACUCGUGGAUGGAAUGCCCAAAGUAGAACACUACGCUCCAGCUUUACAGGAAUCAAGCACUCUGUUUAAUGUUUUCUUGGAGAAAGAGAGGAAACAACAGCAGGCUAAUGCACAAGCCAAGGCAGAGUCAAAAGAUUCGAGCAAGACCAAUGGGCAUGCUAAUGCUAGUAAAAAGCCAGCUCAGCCCAAGAAAAAAGUGCAGAAGACAGAACCUGAGAAAAAGAAGCCUACAGAUUUCCUGUCAGCAGUUGCUGAGAUAAAGAAAGAUGACCUGGAAUCUGCAUUGGCUAUAACAAAAGCAAGUUUUCCUGGAAACAUUGAGGUUUGGUUGAAAGAUUUGGCCUCCUUGUUGAGCAUCAAACUUGAACAAUGCCCUGAGCCUGACCCUGUCAUGAAAAACAAGCCUAAAGAUUUUCCAAUGUGCCACCUAACUAACAAAUGCCAGGAUUUGAUUAAAUCUGUGAUUCGGGAGGCAUCGGUCGAGACUCUGGAGCACCUGUUGUAUCACAGCAUUACAACUAUGCUGUCAGAAAUGAACAAAGGCAAUUCUAGCUAUGGAUACAGGAUUUUCAUCCAGUUGUUAGUGUACAGUAAGCCAAGCAUUGCCCUGACUAAAACACAGCAGUACUUGGAGUUGCUGACCACUCACCAGAACAAGUUACCCAGGUGUCUCUCCAUUCUGUGGUGUCUGGGGGUGGGAGGAAACAAGGACUUCAGGAGUGGACUCAGAGUCUGGAUGGAGGUGAUGAUGCCCAUGUUGAAGUCGAGACCUGUGGCUCCAUAUUGUGUGGAUUAUCUGGAAGAAUUAUUCCGGACCCACACUGACAUGAAGAAGCUGUCGGGAGAAAUGUCCCUGAAGGAGUACUUCUUCCUGGUGGACAUGAUCUUCAAUGACCAGAAUCUGCCAAAAGAUCUUGCCAAAAAACUACAAACUCUGUAUCCAAAGCUGAAGAAAAUAGCUUUGAGCAAUGAUAAGACCCAUGGCUUCAGACAGGUGUUCCCGUCCUACCUGACCCGGAUCACCCCGGGGAGCAGUAGGACCAUGAAGGCAGAGAUUUUGCCAUGUUUGGUGGACUGUCUCACAUCUGAUAAGCAGUGCUUUGCUGUGUGGUGUCAGAUGUACACCAAGCAUCUGCCACAGUCCAGUGUCUUGCUGAACUACCUGGCUCAGAACUGGGACAAGGUGGGAUCCAGGCUGGACAAGAAGUUGUUCCAAAGUACCCUGAGGUCCUUCUCCAUUACCAACGAAGAACUGGCCACUCAGGGCAGAAACAGCAUGGAUGGGUACCAGGAAUGUGUUGCUGUGUGCAAGGACUUGCUUCAGAAAAUGGAACAGACUCACUUCCCCUGGUUCUGGGUGAUGUUCCUUCUGAUAAGCACACUGUCCGCAAUAAUUGCAUACGACAUUUACUCCAGCAAAACUUUCAAAGCUUCAAGGACAGUGAGAUUCCUUGAGGAUUAUGGGAUACUAGCCUUUAUGGAGCAGGUGUGGAGUAAACUUUCACAUUAUACGAUGAUAGCGUAUAGCUGGCUGAGAGUGAAUGUUCCUUUGUACACAGAGAAGGCUGUGAACACUGUGUCUCCCUAUAUGGCCCUUGGAUGGACUAAGGUCAGCGCUGGAGCCCAGUACCUGUGGGAGGUCUCCACUCCUCAGCGCCAAUGGCUGUACAUCAAACUACUUCAAUUAACUGAACAGGUGUACAACCUUUCACCGCAGCUGUGGUCAGAUAUUAGUGAUUAUAUUUUAUUGUCCUGGGAUUUCUUAAGGGACAAAACAUACCUCAUAUGGACCAGUGCAGUCCAACUAUUUUUUACGUCCUGUAAAUGGAUUGAGAAAGAAGUUUUAUUAGGGCAACAUACUUCAGAUGUUUUGCAGCAUUUUUUUCGGUCAGCCAUUUCGCUUGUUCAGAGUUCAACAGUUUCUGCUGUACAGUGGUGCUCUAAUUUAUUUCAAUUAUCAAAAGGGAAAUAACUCUGUCUCUAUGAGAAACACUUUAGAAUGGGAAUCUCUAACAUGUUUGUUGAAUUAAAAGGGAAUACAUUAGUAUACUUCUGCACUUGCAUGUAUAUGGUACGUUGAGAGGAUCGGAGGAUCAGCAAUAUUUGGUUUAGUUGAGUACACAUUUGGUACAUUUAUAUAAUAUUUCCCAUUACACCCCACCCAAUCAUGACGUAUGCUUUAUAUUCCGUCUUAAAAAAAAACUUUCUAAUAAAAUGUCUCAUUAUUUGUUAUAAAAUUGUUAAUUUUAAUAUCCUGCAAGAAAAAAAAAGAUUGAUAAAAUGACAAUAUCCUGUUGAGUUUGUGUAUUUAGCCAAAUACUACCAAAGAAUAAAUAAAGACAUUAAAUAAUA